AUGCUACGGAGUCAGAAAACAAACUCGACUCAAGCAUUCAUCUUCGCGGAUCGGGAAACUGAUGCCGGAGCCAUCGUUCUUGCCUUCCGGGGAACGGAAGCCUUCAAUGCAUACGACUGGUGCACAGACUUGGAUUUCUCCUGGUACGAGCUCCCGCAGCUUGUCCAUCUCGGAUUCCUCGAAGCACUGGGCCUGGGCGACAGGACCAGGAUGCAAAGCUUCCAGAGGUUGAAGCAGAACAUCUACGAGAACUCGAGGACUCCGUUGCCACAGACUCCAACAUCUGGAUUACCCGACUUUGUCCUCAGCGAUGAGACGAAGCUGCUCGCAUACGACCACAUCAGUGCGGAGCUCGUCACCAUCCUCCGGAAACACAGAAACGCAAAGCUCUACAUCACCGGUCACAGCCUCGGCGGCGCUCUGGCGACGCUCUUCACCGCCAUGCUCUUCUACAACCGGGAAGAGAAUCGAGUCUUUUACAGCACCGAGGACGACGUUGCCAGGAGGCUCGCGGCGCUCUAUACGUUUGGCCAGCCCCGCGUUGGAGACAAGAGCUUUGCGUCCUUCAUGGACACCAGCUUAAACAAGCCAACCAUGAGGUACUUUAGAGUUGUCUACAAUAACGACAUGGUAGCUCGAGUUCCCUUCGACAACUCUCUGUUUGGCUUCAAGCAUUUCGGGAAUUCCUGCUACUUCACUUACAACUACACCCCAGGUACUUUACUCCGAGACACUGCUCUCUGUGUAGGAUCCAUAUUAACUUUCUAUGCAGAUCCUUCCGGACGAGCCAUUUCCCAAUUUCUUCUCCCCGGUUUACAUGGUGCUGUCCCGGCUUUACGCGCUGUUCGAGCUCGUCCAGAGCUUCUUCAUGAGCUAUAG